AUGGCCUUCCGGUUCUGGUUCCGAUUGCGAUUGAACAACCCGUCCCUGCCAUCACCUGGGCCUGAGCCGUGGCCCUCUGGGCCAUUCCCAGCCUUGCCACCUUUUCCCCUGGGGACCCCAGAUCCAGCCCACCUGGGGCUCCCUGAGAGCUUGGCCUCUGUCACCGUCCCCAUCCGUCUGGACGCCCUCUCCUACCUCCUGCACAGUGCCCUGCUGGGGGCCUACACCUUUCAACAGUGCUUGCCCUCCUGCCCCUGCAACUCACAGGCAUGUUGCUCCCAGCCAGGCACCGCCACGAGGCCAUCCAGGGGACGUGGGGGCUGGGACGUCCGACGCAGGCCAGGCCGGGGCCAAGGCCAGCCGCGAUGGGGACCCAGAAGGGUGGAACAGCCGGAGAAGGGCUGGCGGGGGGGGUCUGGGGCUGGCCCCAAGACUCCCCCGGUGAUGCCAGCCUCACCACCAAGGCUGCCUGCCCAGGAUAGGAAGACGGAAGCUGGAGGUCGGGAGACACCCCAGGACAUGCCAGCUGCCGCAGCAGAAAACUGGGACUCAGAAUACUAG